GACCUGUGCGGGCCGUAUAUCAAGGAGGAAAUGUUGCCGACUGUAAGCAGCCAACACACCCCACCCCACCACACACGUGUGCACCGCAGAUGUGUGUUUGUGUGUCCAUGUCUGUCUGCAGAUGGGGGCCCAUCGGAAUGAGCGUGGCAAACAAAUAAAGAACAUGAGAGACAAACUCAACGUACGCAACGCCCGUGAUCAGUGGACAAAUGUGUUUAUGGCUAUCUAUCUGUGUGUGUGUGAUGUGUUCAGAAGAAAUCUGACUUCGUGGCUCUGGUUGGCAAGCUCGAGGCGCCCCCGAAGCGCUGGCUCGUGCCGCGCGCCGGAGCAGCCGUCUGCUGAGCACACACUACCUCUGACAGCCUAGUUAGCCCAUUGCUGCUCUGUUCUUCAGCCGCUCCAUGAGUUAGCUUUAGGAAAGGGGCAGUGAUGGGAUAACUGACGACUGCUGGCAGGGGGGUGUAUGUGCACAUGGGGGGUCAAGUGGCUGGCUGUGUGGGAGUGUUUGUCGUGACAGACUGUCUGUCUGUCUGUCUGAUGGCCGGUUGGUAUGCAUACAGACAGACAGUGAGUGAUAUCAAUGAGUGAAUGGGAUCACUCACCCACUCACAGCCAUGGUCGGGUGAGGUGAGCUGAGGGGCUGCGUGAUGGAUUGCUGUGCACGGCCAAGCGAAUGGAUUCUAUGCUGGACGGACGGACGGGUGGAUGGAUGGAUGGACGGACGGAUGAUCUGACUGUUUGUGUUGUCGGGGUGUCCUCCUCCUCAUAGGAAGAGCUGUACAGUGUCCAUGAGAGUGGAUGUGGUGAUGUUUUUUGUUUCCCUCUCGCACUUCAGUUCACGUCACCCCACACACCACACCACACUACCUCUGACAGCCUAGUUAGCCCAUUGCUGCUCUGUUCUUCAGCCGCUCCAUGAGUUAGCUUUAGGAAAGGGGCAGUGAUGGGAUAACUGACGAGUGCUGGCAGGGCGGUGUAUGUGCACAUGGGGGGUCAAGUGGCUGGCUGUGUGGGAGUGUCCUGUCGAUGCUGGCUGCGUGUGCGUGGGUCGAUGGCAUGGAUGGAUGGAUGGACACAAUGCAUACAUACAUACGUGUGACGUGUGUGUGACGUGAAUGGACACCAAAAUCACGGGCACGCAGUGCGCUGGAG